AUGCCUAAAUUUUCAAUUAAAAAAGUUUAUAAGAAGCUUAUAGGGGUUCAAGAUCCAGAAUAUUAUGAUAAGUUCAUGUGGAACCGUCUCAGUAUACCAAAGCAUAGAUUGAUUGCUUGGAUGGCCAUGAAAGAGAGACUAUGGACAAAGGAUAGACUAAUGCAAGCUGGUGUUGUUCAGAGUGAUGAAUGCCAAUUUUGUGUUGUUGGUCAUGAAACUCAUAUCCAUCGCUUCUUCCAGUGCAAAAAUUCUCAUGAUUUUUUGCAAAUAACUAAGAGAUGGCUUGGAUACAACAUAACUCCUAUUGUUUUUCAUAGAAUUAUUUCCUAUCUUAGAAGGAGCAAAAGGAAUGGUUUUCAACGUUUGGUUAUGGUUGCAGUAUUAUCAGGGCUGAUGUACCAGGUUUGGUGGGCCAGAAAUGAAGCGUGUUGGAAUGGUGUGGUCUGGAGACCAGAGGUUGUUGCAAGAAGAGUUCAGAAGUUGGUGGUUGAUAGAAUUUUUAGUGUUUUGCCUCACAAACUGUUUGAUGCUAACAGAGUAUGGCUUGAUUCAUUAAGAUUGAAUGAUGUAUAG